UGUUGACAGGAAGCGGUGCGUGUUAUUGAGUCACUUUACCGGAGAGUCGAGACUUCCAAAAGAAGAAUAACGGCCGGGUAAAGCAACGGAUAAAGAUGGGUCUAAUGAAUCUGUCAGCUGUCAAACCUGCCCUCUAGACUGCUCUCGACUAUUUUAAAUGGUAUUUCCACGUGCUUUUCUAUGACCGACACGCAUUUCUCGUCGUUAUACGCGUUAAACUGACAGCAGUUGUGCUGUAGGAAGGAAGCGGGAGAGGAAGAGACUGGGCACUGCUGGCAAAUAAACACACUCAACGGGAAGUUUAUUUAAUAGGGCAAGAUUGUUUUCCAGCAUACUUGAUAGGGCACAUAAAUGCACGUAAUCUAAACAUAUAAUCUGUUAUAAGUAUUUAUAUUAAUCAGAGAUACCAAAGACUAUGUGAAGUCGUUAUUGUUUGAAUAUUAAGGGUUGUUUUCAGUUGAAAGGUUUGUUGUUCUCGAUUAAGUUAUAAUCGAUCAUGGCCACAGAUAUAAUAACGACUGAAGAAGUCUCAAACCAGAGAGACUCGAGUGAUCUGAACGCCAACAAAAGUAAUCCCGAAUCAGACACACCCAGCCGGACAUCUGAGACGCAAAACAGAAACAUAAGUAGCGGUUUAUCGUUAUCGUCAUCAUCGGCUCAUUCUGGGGAAGAAGCACCUCAGACUUCCAGAGCAGGGAAUGAUCCUCUGGAGAACGGAGGCAGAACAGGAGAUCCGCCGCAGGAAGCAGCGACUCCAGACAAUAGACAAAAACCAGACGUGAGGACUUCAGCUCCUGUGAGAGAGCCGCCCACACUCUCCUCUCCUGCUGAACACAACGGAAGUUUUGAGCGCCAGGAGUCGGUUGCUACCACAGAAGCGCGGCUGAGAUUGGAGGGGGUGGAGCUAAAGGAGGAGUGGCAAGAUGAGGACUUCCCCAGGCCACUCCCGGAAGAGGGAGAUAUGCAUCUUGAUGAGGAGCUUUUCACCGGCUCUUCAGGUGAAGGAGCACCUGCUUCACAGUCUUACAGACUAAACAGUGCAAGAAAACACAAAAAGAAGCUUUUGGCUCCAGACAUCAGCCUCGACCUGGACCACAGCGAGGGUUCGGUCCUGUCUGAUGAGCUGGAUGAGAGUACAGAACUGGACCUGGAUGAUAUAGACACCCCUUCAGACAACAGCAACGAGUUCGAGUGGGAAGAUGACCUCCCAAAACCCAAAAAUGCGGACCUGUUGUGUAAAGGAGUGGAGUCAGUGCAGGAGUUCACCAGCACGGAGGAACGGGAGGAGGGCCGUCGCUGGAGAGUCUUCCGCAUCGGAGAGCAGGAGCACCGGGUAGACAUGAAGGCCAUUGAGCCCUACAAGAGGGUUAUCAGCCAUGGAGGUUACUAUGGCGAUGGAUUGAAUGCCAUCAUUGUCUUUGCUGUUUGCUUUAUGCCUGAGAGCAAUCAACCAAAUUACAGAUACAUCAUGGAGAAUCUUUUCAAGUAUGUCAUAGGAACUCUAGAGCUGCUUGUAGCUGAGAACUACAUGAUUGUAUACCUGAACGGAGCCACUUCCCGCCGAAAGAUGCCCAGUGUGGGCUGGCUCAGAAAAUGCUAUCAGCAAAUAGAUCGAAGGUUAAGGAAGAAUUUGAAAUCAUUGAUAAUUGUGCACCCGUCCUGGUUUAUUCGCACACUCCUAACUCUCACAAAACCUUUUAUAAGCUCAAAAUUUAGCCAGAAAAUCAAGUAUGUGUACAGCUUGACAGACCUGGCUGAGCUUGUCCCGAUGGAGUAUGUUUCCAUACCAGACUGCAUUAAACAGUUUGACGAAGAAAAAAAUAGGAAAAAACAUAAAAGGAUUGACCAGGACAUGCGUGGGAAGGUAGAGAUCGCCACCACUGCAGUGCCAGAAUGAUUCAGAGGGGCUGCAGAGAAUGUAUAGGGCUUCUUUUAGCUGGAGAAUGAAAAAUCUUGAUGUCAGAAAAGUGCCUUUUAAAGGAUUAGUUCACCAUAAAAUGAAAAUUCAGCCAUCAUUUACUUGCUCUCAUGUCAUUUAAAACCCAUAUGAACAAGCUUGUACAUUCUGCUAAAUAUUUUCUUUUGUGCACCACACAAGAGUCAUACAGACUUAGAACGAUGUGAGGCUAAGUAAAUAAGGACAAUUUUUAUUUGUGGGUUAGCUGUCACUUUAAGGCUUCGAUUGACUGUUAUGCUAUGUGACUUUUUUUUCUUCCUCCCUGUUGCAUUUGUGUGCCAAGCAUUUGUCAGAUGGCAUCUGAUUUCUGUGUUAAACAUUUUAAUAACCUUUUUUAUGUAUCAUUUCAGUAAGUAGAUUCUGUCAACAUGUUCUAGUUUGUCUUUGUUAAGGCACUCCAUUUUAAAACUAGAUGAUGCAUGUUCUACAUUACAUUUAAAUAUCUAUAUUUAUAUCAAAAUGCGACAAAGGAGAAAGAUUAAUAUAUUUUUAUGACUGAAAUGUUAUUUUUAAGUCCACAGUCUGGCAUUGUUUGUCAUGUGCUCACUGAACAUCUCACAGUUAUACCACAAAUUGUUUACUGCUGAAUGUCUUGCAUGAUUAAAGAACCCGGAGAAAUGUACAAACGAGACAGAAAGGAAAAGCAAAAAUGUAUUGCAAAAGUAACAUUUCUCGGUUUAGGAGGGUGGGGUUCUUGUAUGUCAUUUCUUGCAAGUAAACUUCCACACAAAAA